AUGUUGUGGCGUUUGUUUCUAUUGUUUUUCGGGAUUCUUACGGCCCUGGUGGCCCUGAAUCAAUCGGCUUCGAUUAAUCCACUUAUUGUUGGCGGCUCUGAGGCCGAUAUAUCGGAUUAUCCCUAUCAGGUGUCGGUCAGAUUGGAAACCUAUAUGCUAUUGCAUAUUUGUGGUGGCAGUCUCUUUGCACCGAGUAUAGUUCUAACCGCUGCCCAUUGCAUCAAAGGACGUUUUGCCUCGUACAUUCGCAUUGUGGCCGGUCAGAACUCCAUUGCGGAUCUCGAGGAGAUGGGUGUCAAGGUCAGCAAAUUAAUCUAUCACGCGGGCUAUAACAAGAAGACCUUUGUGAAUGAUAUUGGUAUGAUUAUAACAAGAGAACCCUUGGAAUACUCCACCCUGGUGCAACCCAUUCCAUUGGCCUUGGAUCCACCCAGUGCUGGAGCCCAUGCCAUGGUCAGUGGUUGGGGCAAGCGAACCGAAGAGGAUGAAAAUUUGCCUGCCAUGCUGCGUGCCGUUGAGGUUGAAAUUGUGGAUCGGAGUGUGUGUGGGACACAGUAUUUGACCAAGGAUUACACAAUCACCGAUGAAAUGUUGUGCGCCGGAGAUGUUGAGGAAGGCGGCAAAGAUGCCUGCAAUGGUGAUUCUGGUGGCCCAUUGGCUGUCGAUGGUGUCCUCGUGGGCAUCGUUUCCUGGGGUGUGGGUUGUGGCCGUGAAGGUUUCCCUGGUGUCUAUACCAGCAUAACUCAUCACACCGCCUGGAUUGAGGAGCAGGCAGAGCCUUAUCUCUGAUCUCUAUCCCCUCUCAUUUUUAAAUUUGGAGACAACUCGAUCAAAUUGAAGUUUGUUUCUCCAAAUCAAAUAAAUAUUUAAU